AUGCCUGUCACAGUCCUGGCACUGCCUCUGUCCACUGGAAGCCAGUAGCACCCUCCCAGCAGUGACAGCCAAAUAAGUCUCCGCAUAUUGCCAGACACCCUCGGGGAAACAAAACCACCCAGGUUAAGAACCACUGCAGUUUUACUGGAAUAACAGCAUAUUUCUUUUUCCUUUGUAAAAUGGCAAGAGGAGCAGCCAGCAGUGUGAUGGAAUUCAACUGAAAGGAGUUAAUCUGAAGAUGUGAUGGUCACCUGGGCAUCCUUAGACACGAGAAUCUUAGAAACCAAAGGACUUUUGGACUCUGUGCUGAUAGAGCUCCCUUGUUACUUGAAUUUCAAAUAGAGAAGCAGAAAUGCCACCACCAGGAGGCACCCCACCACUACAUCCACCUCCUGAUGGAGGAUGGGGCUGGGUAGUGGUUGGAGCAGCUUUUAUCUCCAUUGGAUUUUCAUAUGCGUUUCCCAAAGCUGUCACAGUAUUCUUCAAAGAAAUCCAGCUCCUGUUCAACACUACCUACAGUGAAAUAGCAUGGAUAUCAUCCACUAUGCUGGCUGUUAUGUAUGCAGGAGGUCCUAUAAGUAGCGUUUUGGUGAAUAAAUAUGGUAGCCGGCCAGUGGUGAUGGUAGGAGGUUUGUUAUGCUGUUUGGGUAUGGUCUCAGCCUCUUAUAGUACCAACGUAGUAGAGCUUUACUUCACAAUGGGAUUAAUUUGCGGUUUAGGUCUAGCCUUCAACCUGCAACCUGCCUUAACAAUCAUUGGCAAAUACUUCUAUAAGAAACGACCUGUGGCGAAUGGCCUUGCAAUGGCAGGAAGUCCUGUUUUCUUAAGUACAUUGGCUCCUUUCAAUCAGUACCUCCUUAACACUUACGGCUGGAAGGGAAGUUUCAUGAUUUUGGGAGGUUUACUAUUGAACUGCUGUGUGGCUGGGUCCCUUAUGAGACCUGUUGAACCCAAAGCAAGUACUGAGUCUAAAAAUAAGGUUAGUGUAAGCGAAACUGAUUCCAGUGUGAAGAAAAGACAAAAAAAGUUAUCAGUAUGGGAAGAAAUUAAUAAAUAUUUAGAUUUCUCCCUUUUUAAGCAUAGGGGAUUUCUGAUAUACUUAUCUGGAAAUGUCAUUAUGUUUCUGGGGUUCUUCGCCCCCGUUAUAUUCUUGGCUCCAUAUGCUAAAGACAAAGGAAUUGAUGAGUAUUCUGCAGCUUUCUUGCUCUCUGUUAUGGCUUUUGUUGAUAUGUUUGCCAGACCUACUGUAGGACUUAUUGCCAACUCCAAAUUAAUCCGACCCCGAAUCCAGUACUUCUUCAGUUUCGCAGUGAUGUUCACUGGAAUCUGUCAUCUCUUAUGUGCAUUGGCUGAGGACUACACAAGCCUGGUGGUGUAUGCUGUAUUUUUUGGCCUUGGAUUUGGGAGUGUUAGCAGUGUCCUCUUUGAAACUCUCAUGGACCUUGUUGGUGCUCAAAGAUUUUCCAGUGCUGUGGGACUCGUCACAGUUGUGGAGUGUUGUCCUGUCCUCCUUGGUCCUCCUCUUGCUGGUAAAUUGGUGGAUGAAACUGGACAAUAUAAAUACAUGUAUUUGGCCUGUGGAGCUGUUGUGGUCCUAGCCAGCGUGUGGCUGCUCAUCGGUAAUGCUAUCAACUACAGAUUGCUUGCAAGGGAAAAGAAGAAUAUACAUACCAAGGAAUCUCAAGAAACUGAACCUUUGAAGACAUCUCAAAGUCCCAGUGUUAAUAUCGAAAGUGGCAAAACUGAAAAGUGGGAAGGAACAGAGGUUAAUCCCUCAGAAAGAGAAACGAAUAUUUAACAAGAAGCAUAUCUCGGAUUUCAGUGUUCCUAACUUUCUUAGGAGUAUUUUUUUUCUACAUAUUGGAAGAUUUUUAGUUGAAGAGUUAUAGUUAAGGAUGGAGAUGAGAUUUUCCUUAAUGACAAAUUUUAAAUGUUUGUCUUUAAAAACUUAUUUGGGUAGUUAAAUUUUGAGAUUAAGCAUAUAAAGAAUUCAUGCAUUGGGUUUAUGUCCAUACAUGAGUCUGGUUGUGGUGGUUAAAUGAUUUUAAAGUCUUCCAGUGACUUCUAGUCUUGGUUACAGAGAUCUGAAUUUCAAAAUGCUGGUUUAAGUAGUUAGAAAGAGUAUGUUUAAUCCUAUAAGAAUACCCUCUCCACAUUUCAUUUUUUAUUCAAUAUUGGUGAAAUGGAAUUGAAGGAAAUUAAUUUUUUUCCUAAACAUCCUCAUACACACCAACUUCCAUACACUUAAGAAUGAGCAGACAAGAUAUCUGGAGAAAAAAGACAACUUUAUAAAGAAUAUUAUCAGUGUAUAUAUAUAUUUAAAUCCAUGGAGAAAAAACAUGCAUUAUAUCUGCUUAGUACCUUAUAAUGUGGAUGUUAAAGAUAAGAACAUGGGUGAAAAUGAGGGUGCUCUUAAUUUGAAAAUGUAAUUAACUGCUGUAAAACAAAAGCAAUUGCAUAUAUGAAAUAAAUUUGAAAAAAAGUAAAAACUCUAUUUUUUAAAUAAUUAUUUCUGAGCCAUGUCCAAUUUGAUCCAUGCAUGCACAUGAUUUCUUUGAGGGGGGCCAUCUGUACCUGGUGCUAGUGAACAGAACCCUCAAAUAAUCAGGAUUUACUAAUAAGUAAAUCAAAUUAAAAAUGUAAAUUACUCCUAGCAAUGAGUGAUAUCUUUUGAUUUGAAAAUCCAGAAAGUAAUAAAUAGAAACUUCUUUUAACCAAACUUAGUCCAGAAUAGCUGUCUUACUAAGACACCAAAGUGGAAUCAGCUGAAAUCUUGGUUGACAGACUGACAAACAGGCAGAAAUUUCAUUUUUCCCAACAGAUAGUGGUGAUAAGAGGGUUACUAUUAUGAUUAUUCCAUCUGAAUAAAGCUAAGAGUGGAAGGUACGUACAAUGAGUCCUCCAAGCUCACUUAUUUCCCUCCAUUCACCAACACGCAAAAGCAAAAAAUAGAAGUCCAAACAGGCUUUUCACUCAGCCACCGAAAAUGUCUCAUAUUAUAGGAAAGGAAGCAACAGAAAUCCCACCCUCUACUAACUAGACUUCCUGCUGCCUGUAAACGUAACUAAACCAGGACACUUAUAAAAGGCUUCUAGACCUGGAGGUUGUGUAUGACUUUAUAUACACUUUUGAAGUGGAGAUUUAGUUUAUAACUUGAUAGAAAGAAGAUUGCAAUAUGGGAACCCAGGUUAAUUUAGCAGUUCCUCAUUUUCAUAACCAUGUGAAAAAUCUGGGACUGAAUUGCUCUUGAAUAUAGAGGCAUAUGAUAGAUUUGUGAGUUCAGAACUAAUAAAUAGCAUUUUGAGUGAUAAAGUACUUUUAAAUAAGAAACAAUGUAUGCAUUAGGUAUAAAGGUAUAAACAUUCACCUUUAUAAAUCUGAAGUUUAAGAUCGUGAUUAAUAAAAAACAUUUAGCCUUUGA